AUGAAAUUGAUAACAAAACUGUACCCGGGUAUGUGAAGGUGUCAGACGGUGACUGAUAGCAUGCCAUCCAGUCAGGAUGAAUUGUUAAAUAUUUUACAUAAUAAAGAGUCAUGGUGAAAAAUCUGUUACACUGCUAAAAGACCAUAUGGCGGGAUUUCAAUCACAAAGAUCAGUUUAUUCAAGUGCAGGAUGAAAUCAGCACACAACUGGGAGAAAACACCUUCUCUGCAGGUGGUGCCAAAGUCAACAUUAACAAAGUUCCUUACAGGAGCUUUAAGGAGGACCAGUUGUUUUCAUGUGAAAACACAUUUUUUGUGCCAUUAAUUCCCAGGAAAGAUCUGGGUCAUUCUUCAUCUAAUCCUGAGUCAAAAUUACAUAAAGUAUAAAGUUUCAGAGUGGGAAACAGUGAAACUACGAUUGAAAGCAAUUUUAAGCUACAUAUGGGUUUACUGUUUGGACAAAUAUUGACAAUCAAAAGCUACAAAGCUGCUAAUUCAUAGGAUUCAUAGGAAAGAGUCCUUGGAUAUUAUUUUUCUGCACUUGGAAGUGUCUAACUCAAAAGGCUUUUUGGGAAGAUUUGGGGAAAUAAUGUCUAGAGAUAACAACUACUUCUUACCUUUUGGACUAAUUAGUUUAUAUGUUUUUAUUUAAAUUUAAUUUUAUAAUUUGCAACACAAUAAACAUGACUAUUGUGUAAAGAGUAACUUAUCAGAAGACAUUUUGACUAUAAUUAUUAGGUAUUUGAGUUAUUGUUGCUUAGACUUUGCUUUCUUUAAAGGAACCUCCUCUGGCUUUAACAACAGCUUGGCAUAUACCAGGCAUUCGUUCCACAAGUUUUUUAAGGUAUGUUCCAGGGAUUGCAUUCCAAGCUUUCUUAAGUUCAUUAAAAAGAGACUGCUGAUUCGUGGGACGCGUUUUUCUGACCGAUCUAUCCAAUUCAUCCCGCACAAGCUCAAUUGGAGAAAGGUCUGGAGACUGAGGGGGCCAAACCAUCUUUUGAAGAACACCUUCCUCUUCUUUUUUCUCUAGGUAACCCUGACAGAGCUUGGCAGAGUGCUUAGGGUCAUUGUCUUGCUGCAAAACAAACUUAUGAGCCACAAGUCUGAGUCCAGAUGGAACAGCAUGGUGCUGGAGGAUGGAGUGGUACUGUUCCUUCUUUAUGAUACCCUUUACGUCAAACUAAGCUCCUACUCCAUCACCUGCAAAACAUCCCCAUACCAUGGAACUAUCACCUCCAUGCUGAAUUGUGGGUGUAACACAUGCUGCUUUUAGACGUUCACUAGUUUGUCUGCGGACAUGGACUCUGCGUUUUGAACCAAACAGUGCAAACUUGUUUCUAGUCAUCGUAAGUACAAUUUUUGUCAGCUUUUGCCCUCUCAUAUCUCUUUUUCUUGUUCUGUGGACAAAGUAGGUUUUUUUUGCAGAUACACAACCCUUCAGACCAGCCUUUCUCAAACAUCAUUUCACAGUUGUCAGAGAUAUGGGUUUCGACCUUGUCAUGUUGAUUUCCUCCCUUAUUUGUGGUGCUGUCUUUUGCCGAUCUCUCUUACUGGUGACAAUGUUAUGUUUAUCCUCUGCUUUUGUAGUAACUCUCUUUCGUCCAGGUCUUUUUCUAUCAUCAUAACUUCCAGGUUCCUCUAGUCUCUUCAGAGUGUAGUGGACUCCUUUGUUAGACACCUUUAGGCGUUUUGCAGUUUCUCUUUCUGUGUAUCCUUCUUUCCUCAAUGUACAAAUCUGUACUUUUGUUUCUUUACUCAGUUGCUUCUUUCUAGCCAUUUUUGCAGUGGUGUGAUGCAGUUGAGAUUUAUUAGGAUUUUUGUAUGCAGACUCUCAAAAGCCAAAAAGUUGAAGUGAAUAAUCCAACUGCGAUUUGUUUUUAUUUGCUUUUGCCCUGAAGUUGUGACUCUUGCAAAUGUUUUCAACCCUAAAACUAAGCCCUUAUUAUCUUUUGCUGACAUAUAUUUAGAAAUGGUCUAUUAAAAUCAAGGUAUAUCUAAAGGUAAAUGGAGUAAAAUGGUGCAUUUCCUUGAAAGCAACAUCUAAUCAUGGAGUAAAUACAUCCCAAAAUACAAAAAACUCAUGCUGGAUUUUAAAAAAAGCAUUGUGAACAAAAACUUGAGGUUACUCCCAACUGUUCGGCCUGUAAUGGCCUUGCUUCCAAACUUUUGGCCUGUAGUGUACGUGAUUAGUGUCAAGAACAUUUUUUAUCCACCAAAAGCAAAAAGAGAUGUAAAUACAGUAAAGGAAGAUGACACAAAUUUGAAAAAAUAAAGGAUUGUUAGAUGUGUUGCAUUAGCUGCAAGUUUGUGUUUGCACAGUAAUCUCCAAUCACUGAAGUAAAUACUUUAACUGAUGACACACAUAACUAUGUUAAAAUAAUUCCAUUGUCUUUAUCUGACAAAAUCAGUCUUUAAAUCUACUGAACAUGCUUAGACUUUCUUUUUUUUUAUUAUACUGUGUGUAAUGUCUAAGAGUGAGAUUAGAUUGAUACUGUUGACCUAGUUUACCUCAGAGUUAGCUGACGGUGGCUAAGUUGCUCACUAGUUUGCACAGCUAUUCACAGAGGAGGGUAAGCUUCUGGGUCAGUAGCUGUGUGGUGUCUAAAUCCACUUUGUUUUUUUCACUUGAAUAUCUUUUCAUAGCCUUUAAUAGCAAUUUGGAAUAUAAAUCAACGGGCUCAUUAUAAAUUAUCGUCAUUUUACUCUUUAAAAAACAAAAAAAAAUAUAUAUAUAUUUUUUUAUCAUAUAUUUUUUAUUUAUAUUUAUAUAUAUAUAAUAAGGUAGUUUCAGAACAACAACAUAUAUAUAUAUAUACAUAUUUAGUUUGUUUUUGUUUUUUUUUUGUUCUGAAACUACCUUAUUUGGGAUUUGGGGUUAGAAAGUUUUUCCCACCUGUUUAGUGUUUUUCAGGGUUGAGUUGGGGGAGGGUAUUUUGGCACUUGUCAGUCUCCAUACCUCGGGGCAGGUUCUUACUGUAGGCUACAUUCCUUUACCCUCACCUUUCAUUCCUCGUCCUGCCCGCUAGUGGAGGAGGGAGAGCACGGCAGCUCUGAGCCGAGUUUCCUGCUGAGUUUCCCUGUUUGAGGGACAGGAACUCCCUGCUCGCUUCUCUCCCCCGCCCAUGAUAAUAAUACCAACCGAGGAGAGAUUCCUCCGGCCGACGACAGAGGAAAAAACUCGGAUUGAAGACCUAUAAAAGUGGAUUUGGAAGUAGCCGGAGGGACCCACACUCCGUUGAAAUGGAACUGAAUUAGUCCUGUUUGUAGAGGCACAAAUUUUCCUUAUCGACCGACAACAACUACGGUGAGUAGAAACGAUUGAUCGCGAAGUUAGUUUCACUGUGAGCGUGUAUUUCCAGCUAACACACGGUGGGGAAAAAGUUGAGCAGAUGUUCUUCGGUUGUCUCAGUCCUGAAGCUGGUUGUUGAAGUUGACUUUAAAAAUGUUUCACUUGUUUAAAAACGGAGUUAUUGGGCCGGUGAGGUUAAUAGCUUUUUGCUUUGCAAAGCCACUUUCCUGGCUCAUAGGCCCGAGCUGUGACUAAUCUCAGGCCACAGCACGGAGCAGGAAUACAGCCAUUACCUCACAUACUUGUUCGGGCACUUUCCUACUCUAAAAAACAACUUUAAGGACUUUUUUUAAAUCAAGUAAAUCUGUCACUGAUUUGGGGCUGUUGGAUAAACGUGUGAGUCCGCCAGGUCUGCUAACCACUGUAGGACGGACGUUAGUAAUAAAGUUACAGUCAUGCACUUUAUGUCAGGUUUAUCGGCUGUCAUGUUGAAAACUGAUUAAUCCUUUUUGUUUUCCAUCAUGGGGGGAAACAAUUUGUUGGGUUUCUGUAACCACACUGUAUUCCCCACCCACCUGGUGCUGCGUUCACUGCUUUAGAUACAUGUACACAUCAAACAUUUGUGUAGGUAUAACUUUAAAGCUCCUGUGAGGAUUUUUUUAAAGGUUAUUAAACUUACUGAUUUUGAUAUUGAUGCUUAUUCAUGAGUGACAUAAGCAAACAAAACUAUCAGCAGAAAGAUUAACUACUCUGUGUGAGUUUUUGUACUGUCUGAAAACUGCUGUAACGGGUGGUGGUCAAAGUGAUAAACUACGCUCUCAUAAAGCAAGCCUGAUUAAGGCUCUUGGUGGCGGACAUAUUUGAGAGCUUGAAAAACGCUGGAUAAGAUUCAUUUGUCGAAAAACACCACUGACACAGGCACAGGAUGAAAUUGGAAGUGAUAAGAUGAAACACUUUCUCCACAGGGGGUGCCAGGAUGCACACAAACCAAAAGUUCCUCACAGGAGCUCAUGCACUAUUGUAGUCUGUAGUGUCCAUGAAUUUGAUUACUUUCAGAUACCGAAGUUUAGAUACCUGAAGGAGUAUUAGUAUGAAAAGAGUUAAGACCCAGCACAGAGUACUAAGCAAUGCCAGUGCAAUGGAAAACAGAUUUGUGAAGUGGGAAUACUUUUUUCAGAGUGUAUCUUACAGCGAAACACCAGGUUUAUUUUGUUUUUAGGAGGAGGAGAGCUGGGAUAUUUUGGUUCCUGGGAAAGCCCUUGUGAAAGAUGAGCAUCAGCGAUAUCCUCAUCUUUAAAAUAGGUGGAGUUUGUCACUCCAAGCACCCUCUUUUGUCCUAAAAAAAAGGUUGAAAAACACAGAGUUUUAAUAUGUAACUGCUCAAACAAUAAUCUGUUGUCGUACUAUGGCAGGUAAAUGAAGCACUGGAUCUGAUUUGAUAUAUUGGCUGGAUACUUCACAUAACCUGACUCUGCAUUUUAAGCUUUACUGAAGUUAUUUCUGGUGCUCGUUCCUGUGUUACAAUGACUGCAUUAGAAGGGGAAAUAGUCUGUCACUGUUUUAUAAUCUAAAAAAACUUUUAGUCUUCUGUUGGUAACAACCAGAAGGACACGAAGGAAGGAAGGAAGGAAAGAUAGUGAUGAUGAGAUACUGCUAGUCAAACCACACCACAAGUGCCAAACAGUUCACUUGUGGUAUAAUCUAGUUUUCACUUGAACUUAGUGCAGGGUUCUAUUUCUCACCUUUAUUGAAACAGAUGGAAAAAUGAAUGUGUCAAACCAAAUUCUGCUCUUUCAGUUUGCAUCAGUCUUAACAAGCAUACCUCAUAACGUCUGCUUGUUCACUAUACUGGAUAAACCUUACAGGUUGGAUGUGAUGCACUUUAUGUCAGACAGCAGAUUAUACAGCCCUAACUGAGGCUGAAAGAGCAAAAAUGAUGUUUCCAACCAACAUAGUGUUUGUAGGAGCUUGAAUGUUCUUUUUUAUUUACUGAGAAAUCGCAACAUUAUAGAAAGUUGUUUCCUCAGUCCAUCCCUUUCAGCUUUUGUUGGCACAGUGUGUCCAAAGAAGCAGAUUAGUCGUCAGUCUUACCUGUUUAUGCAUAUGAAAAAAUAUGGACCUGGCUUUAAUGGAAAUGGUUUAUAUGAGGACUCAGUGAUUAGUUUGCAAUUGGACGUGUCAGGAGAUACUUCUCUGUCCAAGAGAGUACCGUGUUUUAAAGUAGCAGGAAAGUGAAUUAACAGAAGUCCUUUUUUGGAUUCUCUCAGGAAAAAAACUGAGAUACUGUGAGAUUUAUUUUACCCUGAUAAGCGGUGAUAGUGUGUUAUACUGCAAAGGAAAAAACAACAACAACCUAAAUGGUGUUUUCACACCUCAGUCUAGAGGCAUGUCACAGCUUCCUCCAGACUGGCAUUUGAGCGAUAACGUCCUUCAUACAGGCUCUGCAUGGUAGUUGUUCAUGCAUCAGUUUCUCACCUCGUGGAAUAAAGUGGUUUCCUCUAUAUCUCGAGUUGUUGAGAGAUCUAUCAAAGUGUUUCAGCAGUUUGCAUACAUACCAAAAGUUUGAACUGUGCUAUCAGACUUGAGACAGCUUGUGAUAAAAAAAAAUUAAAAAAACUGUCAUAGAUUGUCUCCACUUCUGUUUGCAUACAAGUGAUCAGUUUGAAAGGUCAUUCAGCACAAAAAUGAACCACAAAACACCCGCAGAGCUAUCCAGCUAUGCAUUUAGUCUCACUUUUAUCAGUGUGGGAUUUUUUAUCUGGAUUUGUUUUUAACUAAAUCCUUCACUGCUAUCGUUUCUACCAUGUCACACUAAUGAUGUAUGAUAUGCGCAUGUGCAAUAGUCACAUCACAGGAUGUGAAAUGUCAGUCAUAGGAACUGACAGACAUCAUACUGUCUUUUAAAUACCAAUCGAUAUAUAUAUCAAGAUAUAAAAAAUGGAAUUUACCAGAGUUUAUUGGGAGCAUGUCUUUUGCAAUACAAUAAGCUACUGCAUCUGUGAGGUCUUUGUGUCUCUUCAACAUUUUGUCGUGAGGCGUUGCGCUAGAGAAAGUGGAAUGGUCAGCUGUUUUGGCUGCACAGGCGCCAUGGGUUCCUUUCUUUGCUCAAGGUUUGUAACCUUUUGCAUUGUGCGUGCUCUGCUGCGUGGCACUGCUUCAGGUGGUGAAAAAGAUUUGAGGUAUUCCCUGACUUUGCGAGAACAUGUACUCGACAUAAUUUGCAGUGCACAUUACUCUGCUUCAUGUCGGACCUCAAAAAAACAAAAUACUUCCACACCACUGAUGUUUUUGUGCCACUGUUGUCAACGAUGUUGUCAUCUGUUGAGCCUUGAUCUGCAUUUCUGCCGGGGGUAGCUCUCAUUGUCUUUUUUUCUCACCAACAGUGCUGUCGGCUUCACAUGGUAUAAUGCUAUGGUUGUGUGUAGCUGCAGCCUGCUACUACGCAGUUGUUUGCUACUUGGUUCUAAUUCAGCACAUGAUUAGAUCAGCGCGAAGCGGAGCAACUUUUCAUUGGCUAUUCAUAUAGUCUACCAAAACAUGGCAGAAUGCUGACUAUCGAAAAGCAUAUUGACCAUGUUUUAUAUUGAUAUUGAGGGAAAUUAAUUUUCAGUAUAUAUCAUCAUUUUAUCACCCAGCCCUAAUUGUAUCCUAUCUGUUGUGUGGUAUUUUGAUAAACUGUCUUUAUACAUGAUAUUGUGUUGCGCUGUAUCAAAUUGUCACAUUAUAUUACGUCUCAUUGUAUUGUGUUAUAGUGUGUCAUAACAUCAUGUCAUGUAAUACCAAAUACAAAUCAUAUGAAGUCAUAGUGUAUUGUGUCAUUUAGUAUCUAAUCCAGUGUAUUGUAUCAUAUUGUGUCAUUGUAUCACAUUGAGAAAUUUCUAUACAGUAGUACUGUGUCAUGUCCUAUCAUAUGGCUUUAUAGACUAUCCCAUCCUAUUCCAUUAUGAUCAUAGACUGUAUGGACAACUUGGUUCUGCCUUUCGUCAGUAUACAGAUUUGAAGCUGAAAAGCUCUCGGUAAUUCCACGAUUUUUCUCCCUUUCCUGAAACCAACAUCGCGCAGUAGUGUUCACUUCACCACUUGCGCAGUAGUGAUGUACGCAUUCGGCGGGAGAGUCGCCAAGAGUCGCUGUGAUGACGCUCAGCUCAAACAGUGUCUCCCGGGUGAGCUACGCAAACUUCAUACACCCAUAGGCUGUAUCAAGUGUCAAUCAUGGAAAACAUGAACCCCCUAAUAACUUUGAAAAACGGAGCUGUACAGCACGAACCAGUCUUACAGUAACUUCAUGUCAACAUCGCAAGCAGAGGGGAAAAAAAUGUAUGUUCUGUGUAAUAAAUUAAAGUUAAUGAAGUUUGUCCACACCUCCAUGAGCUUUGCUGGUGGAGACGGGAUUAAUGACCUAUACUGCAGCCCGUUACCAGGGUGUGCUGUUCUCAGAGCGGCUUCACCUAGCAAGGAGGCAGAUGGCGUCAAAUCGAAUAUACGAUCUUUGAUCAUGACAUAUCAUGACAUCUCUUAUCACCCAUAUAGUGUUUUGUGUCAUGUCUAACCGUUUUGUGAGUUACCCUGCAAUCUCCGCCCCUUUAAAAAACUAUUAAGUCAUCACUUUUAUCUGUUUAAAAUUGACCUCCUUCAGUAAUGACUCACUUCAAUGUUAGUCAUUUACUCCUAGUAAGUUUUUUAAGCUGUUGAGUUAUUUCCUUAUAGAUGUAUUUUCCAGCUGUUUUUAGAUAACCUAUGGCUUACUUUCAGCUGUUUGUCAACAACUAAACUAUUUGUCAUUAUUAGGGAUUUUUCUGUUUGUGUGUUACUUGACCUUGGUUUGGCCUGAGUGUCCCUGUUGGGGAUUUGGAGGUUUAGGUAUUCCUCAGACCUCACUUUAACCAGCUGUCACACUUACUUUUACUUUCACAGGUUGUGAUUUCUUUGAAAGUCAUUAUCGCAUGUUUUAGUCACUUUUCAAGGUUCUUUUCAACCACUCUUGUCGUGUGUCUCUCCAUUGCUCUUACUAUGAACAACCAGCUGGUGUUACUGUUGGUGCUGCUGGUUAAUACCUUGUUUUUGCCUUCUGUUGUGCACACCUAGGUUACCUACUUGAUUCAGGUUUAAGCUUCUUACUGUGUAAUUACUAAGGAAGUCCUACAAACACAUGCUGUAAUACUAAAUGGUCAACAACCUGGUGAGCAAAUUUGUCUUACUUGUCUCUUUUCUGGCUGCAAUCACAGGAGACAGAUCUACAUUUAGCCGCCUGAACAGGAACUGUGCUCUGAAGCAAAAGUCACCAAAGUUCCUUAUUUGAAUGGUUUCUCUCCAGUGAAGGAUGUCCAAAAGGCUUUAGUUGAAGGUUCUGCAGUUAAAACGCUUGUUAAAGCUACUUCCAGUUUUUUGUUUUACUUUAGUUCAUGUAGUUUUUAAAAGUAUUGUACUCCAGACUAGCUGUGUGUUUGUAUCCUGAAUGUGUGACUUUCAGUUUCAUGGAUUCCAGUAUAAAAGUGAACAGUCAGUCUUCAGUUGUCUUACAUAGUGCAUCACAUGCUGGAGUUUACAGAGAUUCAUACUUCCCUCUUCUUCUCUCGUCUUGUUGCUUACUCAACUUUUUUUGAGCACAGUUUGACGAAUUAGAAAAAGGCUCAAUCGUUAACGAGGCUUCUUCUGAAGACUGUUUCACAUAAAUACAGGAUUUCCCAUCUGACUUCCUCCUCUUUUUCAUAACUGUAUUUCACAACCAGCCACACCUAUUUUUAAUCCCUGUACAGCUGAAUAACUUUUUAUCUACCCUUACAUUGUAAUUCAGACUCUAAUCCCAGAGCCAGAACUGGAGGUCUUUGCCUAGUUUAACUUGAAACAAUACUGACGAUUAGGGCUGGGCAAUAUGGCCUCAAAUCAAUAUCACGAUAUAUUGAGCAGUUCACCUAGAUAAGAAUAAAUGGACGAGAACUACUCCACAAGCUGUUCACCCCCUCCCACAUUAACUUCGUCCACUUCAGCCGCUGCCCCAGCCGCUUCAACUCUUGAACCGUCCUCCACCUCCUCACCUGUCUUUCCCUCUUUGUUACAGACUGGAUGGGGUGGAGUCAUGUCUCCGAUGCAGGACAGUGUCUUAAAGGGACAUGAGACCAUGGCCUACCUAAACACAUCCAAAACCAACUUUUAUUUAUUUAUUUUUUUGAUACCGAAUAUACUGACAUGGGUCACGACUUGGUUAUCGCCCUACUGACGAUGCAGUCUCCCGUAGCAGAACAGCAGCAGCAGUACUGUCAUUUAUUUUUGGACUCUUGCAUGUAUCUGAUUCACUGGAAACAGUGACAGUGAUUCAAAAGUGUACACUUUCAGCAUUGGUUUGAAGAUUUUGAGAUAUAUGUCAGAGGUUGUGGGUUCGAGUAUGGCCCUGACCGUGUGCUGCCCCCCCAUCUCCCGAUAUUUCCAUACUGUCUUAUCCAUAAAGGCAAAAAUCGCCAAAAAAUACUUAAAAAAAAAAAAAAAAUCAGACCAGCUGAUCUUCAACUUACAACUAAGAAGCAAAGUGUAGCUCAAGUUAGUAAAGGCCUCUGUGUUCAGAUGAUAGCAUUAGACUUUGUCUUAAAUCCAUACUACUUUUUAAAUCAAUUUAAAGCUGGUUGUUGAGCACCAGUGUGAGAAAAAAUGAGCCCCCCUCCAAAAGAUUAAAUAAUAAUAAAAAAGAAACACAUGCACAUGCAAGCAUCUAGAUCAUUGUCGCUGGUGAUGUUUAUCAGUUGAUGACCAUAGUGUUCCCACUUUUGAUUGCCAUGUCACAAAGCUCAAACUGUUGGUUUCUUGUCUAUGAUGUUCAUUUCUUUGUACUGAGAUGGCCCCUGGAGUAUCUCUGCCUGAAAGUGCCAGAGCAACAUUAUAGAUGUUUUUGAACAGAAGUUUUGAAUCACUGAUGUGAAGCUGAUAAAUCAGCAGCAUCUGUGCGAUACUUCCAUGUCAGCAUGGACAAAUCUCUUGAUCAUGCUUUCAAACUUUCACAAAUUCCUGGUAGCUCUUUGAAGUUACCCAGGGGAGCUGCAUGUAAGAAUGCAAAUUGCCAACUUUUUGCUCUGCAGUCCUCUGGUGUAAUUUCAGAGGAAAGGCGAGAUGAGCUCAUGUGAGAAAACAGCAAGGGAGCUUCAAAACUUUGUCAGUCAUGAUGUUGCUUUUGUGAAUCAAAAACAAAUUUUUAAAAUGAAAUAAAAAUCAGUGUCAUGAAAAACAGUUGUUUUCAAGCAACUGAAAUGAGAGAUUUGUAGGACUUGGAGCUUUUAAAUUCAGGUUAAGGAGGUAUCAAAGCAAUCAUCAUGACCUACAAAGGAACACUUUCAUCCAUGUUGCCUCUGUGUUAAAACCAAAGGAGCAGCUGCCCUUUGUAAUCUGAGACUGUUGGCUGUGGUCACAUUGCACAGGCUUUCUACAAAUUUUGGUCAUUGCAUGUCUCAGUGUGUAUCAGUCAUCCAAGUCCCUUGUGUACCUUGGGUAAAGCCUGUUUAACAAAAAUAAGUAUUUAACUUUCCAUGCUGAGUUUUAUUUUGAUGGAGUAAAUCGGUUGUGUUGAGGACAAGCAGGGACAGUUAUCUGGCCCGAGUGUCCUUUAGCUGCUGCAGUAUCUCCAAGUCAACUUCAUCAGCCUUCAUUCAUUUUCAGUUGUAAAGUAAGAUACAUGAGAUCUACUCUCCUCUGCUGCACUACAAGUUCUUAUUCAACAACCACAUUUCCCAUGAGUCAUUGGGUGGGACUUUGGAAAUUGCUAUGGUGAUUACAGAGUCAAACUUGCGACUGACUGUUUUCUCCGCUUGUUUCAAAACAAGUAAUCUUUUCAAGGCAAAGCAGGGAAAGGCAGCUUUAUUUCUGCCGCUUUCAUAUAGAGGAAGUUAGAGGUACCUGACACAGACAAAAAAGUCAGACAUUCAUAAACCACCAUGCCAAAACAAAACUAAAAGAAAAGGAAGAGUCUAGAGAAUUUUAGCAUGAUCCAGCUGAUUUCAUGAAGAGUUGCUGAAAUCCAGCUCAGUUACUUAUCAGCCGACCAGUCAAACCUCUCAAAAAUGCUGACAGGAAUUAGUGUUAGCAUUGUGCAGCAGCAGUCUUGUUGAUUUUACACACACCCUCUGCUCUUUGAGUUCUGUGAUGUUCUUUAAUUUACAUAUCAGCAGCUCUGUGACCCCCGCUGACCUUGGCCUGUGCACUGCCAGGUCUUUGUUUUUGUACUCUGUGGACCGUUUGACUCGCUGUAGUUUCUGAUUGCAAUAGGAUUUUUGAUUGUUCACUGUCGGUGAAGUCUGAAUGUCUGUAGUCAGCAGUAGAGUGAGAAUGCAAACCAAAGCAUACCACAACACUUUAUAAUACACAACUAACUGAUCUAUUUACAGUCAAUUUCAGGUUGUUGACAGCAGUUAUUCUGAUUAGGAAUAAAAGUCAUUCUCAGUGUCUGCUCAACAUAAAAGAAGGAAGUGUGACUGCUAUCUUUUUUACAGAAGUAAUUAUGUUAAAAAAGUUAUGGGAGCAAGGUGGAAAGCUGGAGACCAGGGUAGUCAUUACUCAAUAAACUUAAUUGUAGCAGUUUUCAUGGUUCACAUGCUCUGUGUGAAGUUAUAUCUCGAUUGCUCUCCAAUGCUGAUUUAUAAAAUCUGGGUAUGAUCAUGAUGAGCACUAAAAGCAUUAUCAGAAUAUGUGAAAACAGGGUCAUAGCAGGGUGAUGGUGAACAUGAAAGAGGUCUCAGGGUCGUUUUUCAAAAAGGGAACCUGUGUUACUUUUUCAGAUGGCUUUUGAAACAACACAGAGUCCGAUCUCUCAUAACACGACGUUAUUGCAAAAAUCAUGAUGACUUCUUCAAAAGAGCUGUGCAGACAACUGCAGCAAUACAUUGCGAAAGUCUGAUUUUAUCAGACUUUUUAAAAAAUCAGUUAUAAAAAGCAAUUCGUUCUGACUCAGCUUCAUGCAUACAUUUGGAUGGAGGCCAGGGUGUCAUUUUCAUGUUUUCACAACAUUUUGAAGCCCAAGCCCCAGUGUUUCAAGGCCCUAAUAAUGCCAAUACAGGAGGUGUCAUAAUAGCAUAGCUGACUAUACUGAUGACCUAACUCCUACCACAUAUAAAAAGAUUAUGUAGGCUAGUAAGAGAUUUUGGUCUAGUAAAGAUGAUAAGGCCACGACAGCUACAAUAACCUUAAUUUAAACGCCACCUUUCUUUUAAAGGAAUCACUCAAUGGCUCACAAAAAAACAUAAAAAGCUUAGAAAUAGAAGAUUUUUGGUUUGAUAUAAAAAAAACAUGAGCAUCCAAAGCAAAAAGUGCUCUGUUUGAGGUUAAAUCAGCUUGCCAAGAAGUCGGGGAUUGUUGGAUUUGGGGAUUAAUAUUCUUUAUGCAUAGGGAUUGUCAAAGAGUUGUUUGUCCUGCUCCAGACCAAAGUUACAAACAUUCUUCUUUUUCAUCCUUUCAGCACCAUGGCGUCCACAGUGACUCUGGAGGAUGCUCUGUCCAAUGUGGACCUGCUGGAGGAACUGCCCCUCCCGGACCAGCAGCCCUGCAUCGAGCCCCUUCCCUCCUCCGUCAUGUUCCAGGUCAGUGUUGAAGGCUGAGCUCACUCACUGUGCAAACAUGUAUCUUCUGUUCGAUCUGAUGUGUCACUCUAAAUGGUUUAUCAGAGGUGAUGUUCCUCUCUUUAACUUAUCUUAUUAACCACAAGUUAGCACACAUGUUCUUUGUGGGAAGUUUCACACGGUUAUUUUUGUUGUAGAUGAUGUACAAACACAACUUGUAUGCUGUAGUUGCGUAGAAGAGGAGAAAAAUUGUGUUUAUAGUGAUGACUUGCAGGUACAAUAAACAUUCAUUUAAAGAUGGUCACAUUUUUUGUCCAGUAAAUAGUGAAUAAAUUAAGAGGUUAUUUUUAGUUCAAAAUUCUUCCUUCUUUUGCUUUCAUUGGAAGACAUCACAGCUCUAAUCUGAACCCUCCCCUUUACCCACCUUUCCUUCAACUAUACCUCUUCUUAACAUAUUGAGCUUAUUUAAAACAUUGUGAGAGGACAUGUUAAAGCUUUUACCUUCAUAAGCCAUGAAUAGGUUUAUAACUCAGUUUGUGUUUUGCAGAACAUUAAAAGUAUAUAAAAAUGGAUGACAUGCCCCCACCAUGCCUUCAAGUGAGGUCAAAAUCUUGACCUCACUUGAUGUGCUCAGCAGAAGUCGUCAAAUAGAGCUGUGGUCUCUGCAUCCUGUUCAUUCUGCUAACCAAAACAGAAGUGGACACAGACUCUCACCGUUACAGAAAGUUCUGUGACUCACAUGUUGGUGCUUGUUUCCUACUCCUCUAAUGCGCCAAGGCAGCUCUGAUGACAGUGCAGCUCAGCAUCAGAUAACUAAUUUAAACGCAAACUUUGUAGGUGCUUGAUUCACACACAGACACCAGCUGAGCGGUGGGAGGGAUAUAGAAAUGAGUGCAAAAAAAAAAGAGACAGAUUGUACAAGACACAAUAUUUCCUGUAACCUGGUGGUAUUUAAAAACUUACGUAGUAACAAGUUACUCCUUUCACCAACUGAUAUCAGAGCCACCACUUAAACUCAUAAACCAGCAACAGGGUCAGUAUGUUUGGACAAUGCACUAUCUCAGUCACUGCACUCUUGAAAAAACAUUUCCAUUCGGUUUUUGGCAACAUGGUAGAGAAAGUCAUUUUUUUCAUUAAGCGGGACAGAAAUGUUCUGUUAAAUGUAUUGUGAGGUGGCCAGAAGAACAGUGUCAUAUGGACAAUCUCAGCAUUGAUAGCAUCCAAAUGCACCAGUAUGUUCACCUUUUAGCUAGCACAAAGCUUCAUAUCUGUGGCUUUUGUGCAACAUUUUAAAAUAAAGAGUAAGAUAUUGUGAAAUUAUUCAGCUAAAGUGAGUCAGUCUGGAAAAAUUAGCAUUGUGUGAAUAUCACUCGACCAUAGACUGUAUAUAGAAUGGACAGCGUCUGCCUCCUCGCUGGGUGAAGCCACUCUGAGAACAGCACCCUCUGUUGAUGGGCUGCAGUAUAGGUCAUAAAUCCCGCCUCCGCCAGCAAAGCUUAUGGGGCUGUGGACAAACUUUAGAAAUUUAUUUCAUAGAACAUAAAUUUUCUCCCCCCGCUUGUGAUGUUGACAUGUAGUUAUUGUAAGACUGGUUUGUGCACAAGUCCUCUUUUUUUUCUGUGAAGCUCCGUUUUUAAAAGUUAUUAGGGGGUUCAUGUUUGCUAUGAUUGACACCUGAUACAGCCUAUUGGCAUUCAGGGAUUGCGUAGCUCUCCAGGGGGAUACGCUGUUUGAGCCGAGCGUCACCACAGCGACUCUCGGCGACUGCGCGGCCGAAAGCAUGCAUUGCUACUGCGCAGCGCUGGUUUCAGGAAAUGAAGAAAAAUCCUGGAAAUACCGAGAGCUUUUUGGCUUCAAAUCCGUAUACAGGCGGUAGGCGGAACCAAGUUGUCCAUAGUAUAUACAGCCUAUGCACUCGACACAUUAACAAUCCUGAUUGUUGAUCAGAUAGAUAAGUGCUCUUUGCAAUGCAUGUUUUUAACCAUAAUCUUGUCACCUGUUGUGUUCCUGACAUUUUUAUUGCCCUGAUUUUUACCUCACAUACAUUCUUCCUGUUUUCCUUCCUAUAGCCGAACUUCAACACCAACUUUGAGGACCGAAAUGCCUUUGUCACCGGCAUCGCCAGAUACAUCGAGCAGGCCACUGUCCACUCCAGCAUGGUAUGACAGCGGGGUCACAGCCUCAUUCUUCUUCUUCAUUUUCUCUCUCUCUGUCCCUCCUCAGUAAAGGCCUGCUGGGAAAACAAACUCACCAGAAUGGGGGGAAAGGGUUGUUAGGGUUAGGAUCUGGUUAAGAGACUUGCCUGUCUGAUUAUUUGAUGUUGUUUGUUGGGCAGCUUGUUAAAAGCAGACCCAGGAGCAAAUAACCCGAGGACAAACGGGGCUUUACACCAUCUCCUCACAGAGCUUUGUGUGUAAUUAGUGAGGGAUAAUUACUCAGGUUUGAAUCAAACAGCUCUUUGUAUGGAGACAGGAUCGGCCUCAAUACUCGCCUGUUGUCCCCACCAUCUGCUCUGCAGCCUUUAAUAGCUGUGUUACUUUGAUCACUGAUUGUAAAAUUAAUUCAUUUAUUUAUUGAGGAUUGUUAGUCUCUGUUGUGAUUGCCUUAUUUGUUUUUUUUUUUAAACCAGAAUGAGAUGCUGGAGGAGGGGCAGGAGUAUGCUGUCAUGCUGUACACUUGGAGGAGCUGCUCACGUGCAAUACCUCAGGUAAUGGAAAUCAAAACUGCGAACAGUGUCAGAUCAAAUGCUCUACAUGAGGAGCUUUAACAACUCUUCAAUAAAUUAAGGAGAAAAAAAAGCUAGUGCCUCUGUUUUGGAAAUCAUUAUCCAGAUAAAAACUUAAAAAUGAAUCAUAAAGAUUCAUUUUUAGCUCAAAAUUUAAAAUUUAAUACUGGGACUGUUGAAAUGACAAGUAUUGUUGAUUACCAUCUUUAAAAAAAUAAUGAAUCAUUGACAUUGUCCUUACUUAAAACCGACUGCAAUGCUGAUUGCUGACUGGCAUAAUAUGGGGGCCAGAUGAAGAAGUUGCAGCAGUUACUGGCGAGCUAGCUGAAGCAUGCCUCUGAAAGAAAGUCAAACUGUUUAAAAAGACGUUCUGAUAGUUAGAGAGAGCUUAUGUCUCCUCAGAAGUGCUAAUAAAUUUAUCAUGACCUCUGACCUCUUUUUAAUUCUGUUCCAUAACUUGUGAUUUACUGGAAAUAGUGUAUCCUGUCAGUUCUGAAUGAAUCUGAAUGAACGAAACUUAUUUUGGUUAUACUCUACGUUAUGGCGACAAAGCAUUACAAUUUGUGUGAAUCUAAAACUACCAAAAACAAAAUAUUAUAUAAGCUCGCUCGGAUUUCACACAAUACCCUCCACACAAUCAUUAACCAAAAAAGGAGCAGGCUGCAAAGGCUUAUUUAUACCUCUCCUAAACGAACCAUAAGAUAUCCCAGAAUAUUUCUAUAUAUUUUCAAGCGCAAAUGAAUAAAUAAUUGAUUAGUUUGUUCACGGUAACCAACUUGACUUAUUUUUUUUAAUUGCUCUCUCCAAAAUAAAUUCCACAAUAAAAUUUUAAAAUUACACUGCAGGAAGUAAAGCAACCUAAAUGUAGAUAUAAAGAAUCCAAAUAUAGAAAUAUUAAAAACAAUCAUUUUAUAAGGCAAUAUCCUCUCUAAAGAUGAUGUUUUAUUUGCGGGGAUUGUCACACGAAUAAAAGACCCUAGUUGUGAAUUUUCUUAAUUUGAUUGAUUGUGUUGAUUCUUUUAAGUUUUCCUUAAAGCUUCUGUAAGGACAUUUUUCAUUUCUAUGAAGCAGACAGAAAUUCAUGUUGAUGCUUUUUUAUAUAAGCCAAAAACAAAUAUGACCAUCAAUGAUGGUUGAUGUACUUGGAUUGAGAUGACCACUGUCCUACUGUAAAUGUGUAACAACAAAUAUAAAAGGUCAGGUCCAGAUCAAAAACUAGAUUUGAAAUUAAUCAACUUUUUGACUUCCAAUACAAUCCUUUUGCUUAUGGAUUGUAUAGGCGUCUAUCCUGGAUCCCUGAGGAUGGAGGCCUACAAACUAAACACCGAACUUUAUUUUCUCGUCUUAGCUCUUUCGUGUUGUCAUUUUCUUGUAGGUGAAAUGUAACGAACAGCCCAACAGAGUGGAGAUCUAUGAGAAGACCGUGGAGGUCCUGGAGCCAGAAGUCACCAAGCUGAUGAAUUUCAUGUACUUCCAGGUAAAUUAAAUUCUUCUCGACCCGCACUGCAUCUAGAAUGGCAGUCUCUGAUUAAUGUCCUUUUCUCCUCUCCAGCGCACUGCCAUCGACCGUUUCUGCGGGGAGGUCCGUCGUCUCUGUCACACAGAGCGCAGGAAGGACUUUGUCUCCGAGGCGUACCUGCUGACCCUCGGGAAAUUCAUCAAUAUGUUUGCUGUGCUGGAUGAGCUGAAGAACAUGAAGUGUAGCGUCAAGAACGACCACUCCGCCUACAAACGGUAUUUAGGAGCAGUGAGAGUUAUGCUGCUUUGAUUCACUGACAUGAUUUACUCAGCGGACACUAGAGGGCAGUGUUAUUGUAGAUGUACUCUUGGUAUUUGAUUCUUUGACAUGUUAUUACACCUCCUUCAACCAACACUGUGUCCACUAAAACAAAACUCAGACAGCUGUAUCAUCACUGUACCCCUUUGAAUAAUUGUGGCGUCUGUUUUCAAUGUAAAAACAUGCUUAAUAUCUAUUUUAUUCCUUAAAAAAAGAGACUGGCCAUCUUUAGGACUGUAUUUUUUAUGAUGUAGAUCUCACAAGCUGAACUAGUUUUGCCCCUAAAUCUUGGGAAAAUUAUGAUUUUACCAUACAUUCAUGAGUUUUGAGAACGAGAUAUGUUUAAGUUCUGCAGCCAAUAUCAGUUUUUUAAAAAUCUUUUUGUCCAGAUUUGUGUAACUAACAAGAAAAAAAAAAACUUCAGGUCCACUGGUUUAAAAUUUUGAAGUUAACACUCAAAUGUUUCUUUGUCUUUCCCAGAGCUGCCCAGUUCCUCAGAAAGAUGUCUGAGCCUGCGUCCAUCCAGGAGUCUCAGAAUCUGUCCAUGUUCUUGGCAAACCACAACAAAAUCACUCAGGUUGGUUAGAAGCAUUUUUCUCAUUAGUUAAAAUAAUUCUGACUUGAACGUUUUUAUAGCUGAUUUAGACUUAUAUCAAAAAGUUUUAAAGUUUGUAAGCAACUACAAAGCAUUCAGCUUUUUCAGUUGUUCUUUUGGACAACAUGUAAAAGAAAACAUUAAACGUAUAUAUUAAUUUUAUGCUUUUUUUAUAUACUUUGUUUCUGUUCUGCUUUCUAGUCUUUGCAGCAGCAGCUGGAGGUGAUAAACGGUUACGAGGAGCUGCUUGCAGACAUCGUCAAUUUGUGUGUGGAUUACUACGAGAACAAGAUGUACCUCACACCCAGUGAGAAGCACAUGCUUCUCAAAGUAAGUAAAAGCUCAUCCUUAUGACUCAAAUUUAGCAACCAUGACAGGAAUGAGCUCUAAAUCUCCAGAUCGAGCUCGGUCCUACUGUAGCAGCAAAAACUAAAACUGAAAAGGCAAAGAUUUUGUCGCUCCUGUCAUGAGCUGAGGCCCUUUUAGUUGGUUCCGUCUAUGAACAGGUGGAUGCGUCUUUACAAUGAAAGCACCUGAAUUUCCUCUAAAAUCUUAAUCCAUGUAGAAGUGUUGCUGUGUGUUUUGUUUUAAGAGGUGCUAUAAAAAACUAUGUUAUUUAUUUUAUUGUAACACGAGCUAUAAUAAUGUUUCCACCUCUCAGGUGAUGGGGUUUGGUUUGUAUUUAAUGGAUGGAAACAGCAGCAACAUCUACAAACUGGACGCCAAGAAGAGGAUCAACCUGACCAAGAUUGACAAGUUUUUUAAGGUAUGUUGUGUGGGAUUGAGAAUGGAUAUAGAUCUUUGCAUCUCCUGGAACAGAUGACCUGCUCCCUUAGACUUCAGAAGGAAUUAGGAGAAAGGAGAUGGGAGAAAUGGGUGAGCUAUCUACAUGGUGUCUCGGACCUCAUAUGAAAACUGUGAGAAAGGGGGGGGGAUGACUUCUUGUACUUGACAGUAUUCUGUAGAUAGGAUGGGGCUGCGCAGUGUGUAUAUUGACUUGCCUUUUGAUACUUGGGCCGAUGCACAGCAUCGCUGCUCAAGCAUGGGUCUGACUUUAAUGCAGUGUUAGUAACUCAAAACAUUGUAACACCAUUAUAGAAGGGGAAGGAAGAACAAUAAGUACGAAGUAUGUAUGUAUGUAUAUAUAUAUUAAUAAUAAUGAAGAGACGGGUCUUGCUGCGACUGUACAGCCCCAGCAUAUAUAGGUAUUCAAUGUAUAUUUACCCGCUAUGCCUGUGAUAUACACCCCAUGACCUCUUUAUUGUUUUAGUUUUUUUUGUUGUUUUUUUUUUUCCAUCUACUUUUCUAUUCACACCUUUGUUGUUAAAAGAAAUUCUGAGAAAUAAAGAGUUUAAAAAAAAAGAGAAUGGAUAUAGAUCGUGUGCAGUCUUGAUAAUGAUUUUUACACACACGUUUUUAAUUGUAAUAUUAAGUGACUGGUGUUGUGUAAUUGUAUUUGAGAAAGCUGAUCACAAAAUACAUCACUGUGAAAUUUUAAACAUAUCAUUUUCAACUCUUAUCCUUCAAAGAAUUAAGAGUCAGUCUUAAACUGUAUUUAACAGCAGCCAGCUCUUACAUAUGGUACUGAAAAUGCUAAUCUGUGUGUUCUUGAUGCUCACAGCAACUCCAGGUGGUCCCUCUGUUCGGUGACAUGCAGAUCGAGUUAUCCCGAUACAUUAAGACCAGCGCUCACUUUGAAGAGAACAAAUCCAGGUGAGAGGAAAUCCUGUUUUCUGUGUGAUCAGAGUGUGAAAUGAGUGGAAGCUUAUUCAGUAAUUCAAGUAUAAACCUAAGGCUCACCCCACAUUUCUCUCUCUCUGCUCCUCUCCUGUUUUCUUCUCUCAGAUGGACUUGCACGUCUAUUUCCAGCAGCCCGCAGUACAACAUCUGUGAGCAGAUGAUUCAGAUUCGUGAGGAUCACAUGCGCUUCAUCUCAGAGCUAGCUCGAUAUAGCAACAGCGAGGUAAGUAAGGAAUGCAAGGCUGGAGAGAAAACUGCUUAUCGACCAGGUGUGUCAGCACUCGCCAUACAGUUCGCUGUCUUUUCAUGAUGAAAAAUUAACAGUAGCUUUAAGAAACAAAUGUGUUUGGACCCUCAGCUCUUAACAGUGACUUUUUGGAUGUGACCUGGUUUUGUAUUUAAGGCGUUCUUUUAGUCAGCACUGACUGACUCUGAGAACUGUUUGAGUUGAGCCUCUAGCUCUUCAUUAUACUGCAUAAAGAAAAAGUUAGAUGAAAAUCACCAUCAUAUUAUUCCACAUAAGCCAACACCCUCACACACACAUAUUUACACACACAGCAGUUAUCAGAGAAGUCUGUGACAGAGUACAAUGACUGAGUGGUCAUUUCCAGGCCAGGGAUCUCUGACCAGAUAGAAGAAGUGUGAAAAAUGAGUUGAGGUGUUGCUUAAGGUCAAGUUUUAUUGCGUGUGUUCUCAGUACUAAAAUGGUCAAGGGGGUUCAAAGAUUUUAUGACUUGGACUCUCAGUGAUCUGUGUUUUCUGCCCUCUUUUUUCAUCACUGUAGGUGGUGACCGGAUCAGGACGUCAGGAGUCCCAGAAGACGGAUACUGAGUACAGGAAGCUGUUUGAUUUGGCCCUGCAGGGCAUGCAGCUGCUCUCCCAGUGGAGCGCUCAUGUCAUGGAAGUGGUAAGAGAGCCCAGUUCAGAAUGGCACACAUGUUACUAAACAUUUGAUUAUUUCUCUUCAGAUAUGUGUGAGAUGAUGUUGCAGAGGUUACAAAUUAAAGAUUAUACAUGUAAAUAAGUGUUAGUUCUUACUGUGACUGUUUCUUUUCAGUGAACUUCUAUUUAAUACUUUGACUUUUCCCCACAGUAUUCCUGGAAACUGGUUCAUCCCACAGACAAAUACUCCAACAAAGAGUGUCCUGACAAUGCCGAAGAGUAUGAGAGAGCCACCAGAUACAACUACACCUGUGAGGAGAAGUUUGCCCUGGUGGAGGUGGGUUAUGAUUAUAUCUGACAUUUCAUUUUUCUUUUGUCUUACAGCAGUCCUUCACUGACUUGAUCUAUUAUUAAAUGAUGUGUUUUUUCAGGUCAUUGCAAUGAUAAAGGGACUUCAGGUGCUGAUGGGCCGCAUGGAGAGUGUUUUCAAUCACGCCAUCCGUCACACCAUCUACUCGGCUCUGCAGGACUUUGCUCAGGUCACCCUGCGAGACCCGCUGAGACAGGCCAUCAAGAAGAAGAAGAAUGUGAUCCAGAGGUAUGAGUUUAGGAGACACAUCUCAUCUGCAAACUGUCGCACAACGUCCAAUUAUCCAAUAAAAUACAUUUCUGUGGAUGAAAUGUGGAUUAAGCAAUAGAAUAUUUCGAAUAUUUUUGCAUGAAGUAUCCUUUUUUAUAGGAGAACAUACAGAGCCUAGAAAGUCACAUAUUUCUGUUUUUAUUUGCACAACACUGUAGUCCAUUAAAAGUGCAGUUACUUAUGAAUGGGUUAAAAUGUCUCCCUGCAGAAUCCCUGAAAGUUUUGUGUGUCUGCUCACUCCUUGCGGUAUAUAACAAAUGAAGCUCUGAGUUUACUUGUUCACAUUUUUCGACUUCGUUUAUGCAGCCGUGGCAGUGUGUGUACCCAGUGUACAAAGAGAAAAGUCACCCUAGAUUUUUUUCCCCUCUCUUAUCACAGUGUUCUUCAGGCCAUCAGAAAGACGGUGUGUGACUGGGAGACAGGCCGGGAGCCGCACAACGACCCGGCGCUCCGUGGAGAGAAGGAUCCAAAGGGUGGCUUUGAUAUCAAGGUUCCUCGCCGUGCAGUCGGGCCCUCCAGUACACAGGUUUCACAUUUUGAGCUACUUUGAUAAGAGAUGAUGAAAUGAUGAUGAAAAAAAAACAACAUUCUGUGGACCUAGCUCCUCAUUUCAUAAUAUUUUCUAGUUUCUGUACUUCUUUUUCACUUUUAUUCGAAUGUCUAUGGGAUAUAAACAAAACCAGGUUCAUCAUUGUGGCCUCUUGGACAUUCAGAGGUGUUUUACAGACUCUGUUCAGUUACUUAAGAACAUUUUCAAAAGAUGGACAGACAGUGAAGACCAUGAUUAGUCGCCGCCCUGACCCUCUCCCUGCAUCUCCAGGCUUUUACACUCUUUGACCCGAGCAGCUUGAACUCUCAUUAAUCAGGCUUAUGAAGCUCCCAGGACUUCUGGCUGGAGCUCAGGUCUCCUAUAUGUCAUGUUUAGGUUGAACUGUAUAAAACCUUUAAUCCAGGAGGAUCAUAUAAGCUCAGUAUAUCUCACACAGGGCUGCCCCGCCCUGGUCUGUAUAUUUCACUGGAUAAUCUAUCAUCUAUUUUUGUACUUUAAGUGCUGUAUUUAAACAUACAUUGUACAUCCAUCUGAGAAUAGCUUUUUCCUGCAGUUAUGCUGUGUAACACACAUAUUGUCUCUUUGCAAUAUGGUCUCUGGUGUUGUGUAAACAGUAACAGAUUAAUCAGCUUAGAGCUCAGUUCUAAGAAUUAAUCUGUUUUCCAGGUGCAGGACUGCAAGGCUAAGCUGAACUGUCACCUCCUUUGUUUACCCAUCAUGAAUUAACAGAUGAUCAUCCAGCAUGAAUUAACCGAUUAUUACUGCACUGUUUUGACAAGGGCUGAGGAAAUGUUACAGAUGAACAUCAACAAGAAAACUCUGAGCAACAGUCAAGGAAAAUAAGCUGAUUUUUAUGAAGGGAAGGUCAUUAAAAAAAGAUUAAAUGAACAUUCUCAAUGAUUUAUCUCCUUAAUGAGAUAACACUCAGAGAAGAGCUUUAAGCCAGCCACCCACCUCGAGUGAGAUUCUAAUACCAUUAUAUGAGGGAAUCCAGCUAUUAAACCAGCAGGCUGCAAACACUAAAGAGUUUUUUCUUCCUUCAUUUCUUAUUUUAUGUUCGACUUAAUCAUCCCCUUUUGUUUUUCUUCUGUGUUUAACUCUGUUUACACGCAGCUCUACAUGGUGAGGACGAUGCUGGAGUCUCUCAUCGCUGACAAAAGUGGUUCAAAGAAGACUCUUCGCAGCGGUCUGGAGGGUCCCACCAUCCUGGACAUCGAGAAGUUUCACCGCGAGUCCUUCUUCUACACCCACCUGCUCAACUUCAGUGGUGAGAAAACUGGAAAAAAAAGAGUUUGAAAUCAGAUGUUAUAACCUGGGGAACUUGAAGCAAAAAAAUAUCGAAUUCAUUUAAAACUGAAGUAUUCAAAUGGUUUGGUGGGGGGGGGGAGUUUGUGUUUAAAUGUUUGUAUUUUCUGCACAUUUAUUGGAACGACUUCUGUGAAUGUUUUUCAAAAGUAAUGAAACUAAAACAGAAAAUACCUUCUGUCAUUCUCAACUUGAUAUCCCACGGUUACUUUUUGUCCUAGUUCUGACCUGAACCCUGUUGUUUACCCACAAGAAGACCCGGCAGUCUGAUGAUUAAUUCAGAUCAGAUGCAGUUUGACAUCUGAUAGAGGCUUAAACUUCUACAAAAAGAGCCUGAAGUCUGAAGCCCUUUAUCGAAGGGACAGAAAAAUCAGACAUAAAACCAUUUUAGCCAUAAAAUCAGAAUCAUAAGAAGUUGCAGAACAUAUCUGCCGUCAUGAGGCGUUUCUUCAGUUAGCUGACAGAAAAGGUUAGGAGGGAAUCAUGUAGACAGCCUUUACCUUGCAUGGUGUCUUUUCAGAGGAAAUUCUUAAGUAGUGUCCCUUUGUAUGUCCCUUUGUGCAGAGACCUUGCAGCACUGUUGUGACCUCUCCCAGCUCUGGUUCAGGGAGUUCUUCCUGGAGCUCACGAUGGGUCGCAGGAUUCAGUUCCCCAUCGAGAUGUCCAUGCCUUGGAUCCUCACAGAUCACAUCCUGGAGACGAAGGAGGCUUCCAUGAUGGAGUAACCACUUUUACUACUUUACUAGUUUAAACAUCCAAGUGCCUCUCCCACUGUUGGAUUCAGAGAUUUAUUGUUUAAUAAUAAUCAAUAUUUAUGAUCCCAGAAUGCCUCUGAAGGCUAAGGGCAUACUAGUGCUAUUUCCUCUCAUCCUUUUCAAGAACCUCUAGUUAGCAGGAUUUAGGAAUUACACCACCAAAUGAUGGAAGGCUUAUCUGAAUGCACAUACAAUCGGGUUGAGUUUGCUGUACAAGAACUAAAGGUUUAUUGUCCUCUUCUGCCACCCGUAAGGUAAAAUAGCAGUAGUUAAAGCUGCCCCCUCACUAAAAUUUAGUUUCAUUUUACAGAUUAAACUCAGACUUUUGAUAAAACGACAACUGAAGUGUUGGAAAAAAAUUUUCUCCGCUUUAAACAAGAGUGGUCAGUAACAUUGUGUAAGAUCUAAAAUAAAGCCGUUCCACAGCUGAUUUAGACACCAUCAGAAGUGAUGCUUUAAUCUCAUUUUCUUACAUACUGGGCUGUUUUCUAAGCAAGUAUACAGGGCAAAUAUGGAGACUCCUCUCUGGAUCUUAUCAGUGAAUAUUAUUUGAUAGAAAAAUAAAUGUGUCACUUUGUCUCGACCCUGAGGGCUGCCAAAAUGUUGUUGACCCAUGUUCUGCUCAGUUCUGCGCCCGAAGGCGCCUUGUACCGACACAGAUGGAGCAGAAAGCUGCUGCUCAGCAGACACACUAAUAUUGCUUCUCUGUGUAGACAGUUUUUUUUAGACAUUUUCUGUUUUGACUGUCCUAAGAAGCGUCUAGAUUUUACUUUAAAUUAGAGAAUGCACUUGAGAUUAUGAAUCAAAGAAGCCCCUGUGGUGGACUUUUUGCUUCUAUGAAGGCAAAACUGAUUUUUAUAUAUGACAUAAAAAGAAAGCCAAACCUUUAACAAGAAGAUGUAUAACUUUUCCAAACCAAUUUAUUUUAAUACAGUAAACUGCCACCACAGGUUAAGUGUCAGACAGAUGAUCAACAGUACACCGUGAAAACAACCUUAUUUACAUUUUUCAUGAAAAAGAAUCAUGAUGAGUGACAUAUUUCAGUAGCUGUAAAUCAGGACGGCCCCUCAAUGAUCUCCCGAGUAAAAACAGAUGUCGUUUGUUGUAUGCUGUUAAAAGAAAGCACUAUGAGAUUUCACUGACAGGGAAUGUGACUUACACGUGCAGGACAGAAUCAGAAAAAAGACUAGAGGUACUGUUUUUACUGAUGGGACAAUAACACUUCAAAUACUGAGAUGAACAACUUUGGGUUUUAAGGCCUCAGAUGUUGGAAAGAAUUGGAACCUGGUGUCUAAAGCACAUGUCACAUUGCAACAUGGUUGCAAAUUUUACCAACCUGAAACAUUUUAUGCAUUUUACACCAUCUAUCAAACUGUUCACCGUCCACCUCUGCAGUGCUGGAAUGAUCUAGACCUGCUACUUUUUUGGAAAGCAUCUUGGGAUAAUUUGGCACGAUAUAAAUAAAAUUUGAUUUGAUUUGAUUUAAUAAAAGAAAUGAAGGUAAACAUUAAGAUGUCCAGAAAUGACCUCAGUGAUCAAAAGUGUUGAAUUAUUGAAGAGGAUCAGUUUCCCAAAAUGAACCUCCAGUCUCAUAUUCAUCUAAAGUGCUCAAACUUUGAAGAGACCUACCUCUGAUAAAAUCACAUGGUUAGUAAUACUACAAGCAGCCAGUAAACUUUAAACAUGUCUUUAGUUUUCGUCCUGGACCCUGGGUAAAAUGCAUCAAAAUUGGGAUUAACCAUGACCCUUAGCUGCAGGAUUAUGUUGAUGGGAGGCAGGUUUAUGUAAGCCAUUAAGCACAUCAGCUAGCAUAAAUCAUAACUGCUGUCAUUUAACUGUUUUCCUAAAAAAGCUCCUCAAAAAUGUGAUAUUGACGGUAAUCUUUUUAUGAAACCAAAAUAAAUGUGGCUGCCAAGAGUUGCAGUGUAAAUAACAAUGCUUCAGUUUGAAAUGUGCACAUUAGGAAAGGAGUUAUGUGGUUGUACUUUAUGCAGGGAUUUAGAUUCUUAUAUUCCAGUGAAGAUAAUAAAAAAUGUUUUGUCUUUUCUCCCCCUCCAGGUAUGUGCUGUACCCUCUGGAUUUGUACAACGACAGCGCACACUACGCCCUGACCACCUUCAAGAAGCAGUUCCUCUAUGAUGAAAUCGAGGCUGAGGUAAUCACUUAUGCAGAGUGUGUGCUCCCUGAUUCAUUUGAAAGAAGACAACACAACAUCACCCUCACAGAAGAAAAAGAAAUAAUAGGUCCCCUGUCUUUUGGAUCUCCUUUUUCGAAAUGGACAUUUGAUGUUAUCAAGUAAUGGCUCCAGAUCACAGACAGACAUUAAUCUUGUACUGUGUGUCUUUUUGGCAUUUUUCAAAGCAGAAGAGAAUGACUUUUCUCUGAACUAGCUGUUAUACACAAUGUUUAAUUUAUACAGGUCCCUUAUUAGGAAGAUUUUAUGUGACAUGAAUGAAUAUCUUGUCAAAAAAUAACUCACUUUUAUUUAGAAAAUUUGGGAAAUAUUUUGAUAUACAUGUGCAGUCAGGCAGGCUAGACAGUGACUUCAGAGACAGUUGGUGAAAAUAUUGGAUACCCACGGAGCAGAGAUGAGGCGCUGCAUGUCAUGAAUCCUGAAAACAGCAGAUUUUUAACUCUUAAGCUUUAUAUUAACCCUAAAAUAAUUUCCUCAUUCAUGAAUGAAAAUUGAGGACUUUCAUACUGUAAUGGAUGUUUUAAUCCCAUUGAAGAUGUCUAAACAGAUUUAAGCAUUUGUCUUCAAUUGAAAAUAUUAAGUCAUCACUGUUUUUGUCGUUUCAGGUGAACUUGUGCUUUGAUCAGUUUGUCUACAAGCUGGCUGAUCAGAUAUUUGCCUACUACAAGAUUCUAGCAGGAAGGUGGGUAACACAAUCGUACAUUAAGUACUUUGUCUCCUCUUUUUAUUCACUCACAACUUACUUGUGUGUCAGCUUUUUGUAAUUUAUUUUAUAUCUGUUGAAUUUCAAAUCAACACAUGGUGCUUGUACUCUGAUGAAAGGGAAAGUGCUCAAUAGAUGCACCCAUUUCAUUUCAACCUCAACCUCAGAAAAACCUUCAUUUGCUUGAACAAAGAGAGCAGAAGAAAAACAGAUUGCAGAGAGAGGAGUCAAAAGAGAGAUGGAGGGGAGAGGGCAGAGCCAGAAUGAGAGGCUUGUUUGGACUAGAGCUCAGUCCCACCAGGUUAGGCUUUACCUGUCUGUGAGAGAACCAUGGCAGGAGAAUGCAGAAAGUGACUCUGGACCAGAGGGGAUGAGUUUUAGCAAAAGGGAAAAGGAGGAGUGGGUGUACAUUGGGUGAAAUUAGCUCAACAUGAUUAACCCAGGAGGAAUGAAAACCGGACUGUUUCUCUCUCUCGACACUUCAGUCUUCUGCUUGACAAACGUUUGAGAGCUGACUGCAAAAACCAAGGAGCCAACAUCCCCUGGCCGGCCUCCAACCGCUAUGAGACUCUGCUGAAGCAACGCCACGUCCAGGUCUGUACUCACCCAUCAUGCACUCUGCUCAGUACAAUGUGUCAGCUGUUCUGCGAUCUUGGUGUAGAUGAUUUUACUCACUGGUUACAUAUUUCAGCUUCUGGGCCGCUCCAUUGACCUGAACAGACUCAUCACUCAGAGGGUUUCAGCUGCUCUUUAUAAAUCUCUGGAGCUCGCCAUCAACCGCUUUGAGAGCGAGGACCUCACCUCAAUCAUGGUGAGUUCAUUUGACACUUUGAGGACCAUGUAGAAGGCUCUUUUUCUCUCAGUUUGACUUCUAUUAUCUCCCCUGUGUGUUGGAGUUAAGUGGUUAUGGAUUACAAGUCUUUGUGUGUUUCUUUUCUUACAGGAACUGGAAGGUCUACUGGACAUAAACCGAAUGACGCACAAGCUCCUCAGUAAGUUUCUGACUCUGGACAGCAUUGACGCCAUGUUUCGUGAGGCCAACCACAAUGUGUCAGCGCCUUACGGCAGAAUAACACUGCACGUCUUCUGGGAGCUCAAUUAUGACUUCCUGCCAAACUACUGCUACAACGGCUCCACCAACAGGUGAGUUCGAUCCAGGCACAACAAGCAGAUUCUGCCUACCUGAUCUGUGUUGAGUUGCAGUUGAGGCUCAGUUCCAGUAUCUCUUGUGUGCAGGUUAUGUAGAUCUACAAGUAGAGGUUUCACAGUGAGAGUAUUAGCUAGUGAGACAUUCAAAUGUUAUGAUAAGAAAGUAGACAUGAAAUGAAAAACUCAAGGAUCAGGAUGAAGAUUUAAAUGCUGUAGCAUGAAUACAAGAAUCUGCAGUUUGGAUCAGCUGGAUGAAAGGUGAGUGUACAUCAGAGACAAAUGAAAAUGGAUUAAGAGCAAAUCAGUUAAAUACUUAUCAUUUGUUUUAUUUGCAAAUUAGUUCACACCUUAAGAAGACACUCUAAUCUUGUCAAAAAGAUUUGCACAAUGUAUCUAUGUGGUUCAAAUGCCCACAUAAUAUAUCUACAUCUAAAGUGCAGGAUGAUAUUUACUCAGGAAGGAUGGACUCCUUCUAAGUCCAUCCUUCCUGUACCCAAACGCUGACUUAUUAGGUGUGGUAACAAGGGAUAAGUAGUUUGGAUUGGAAUCAUUAUUUAUUUUUUUUUUUUAGAGAAGUUGACUUGCUUUUUGAAGAUCCAAAAAGAUAAAUACUGCUGAACUGCAAAAACUUGAUUUAGUUUAUAACCCCAAAGGCAGCAGAUUAUGUAUGACUCCACCAACUAUUAAGGUCCUCUCUAGUUCCUAUUUGAAUACUGUAAAUACUUCAUUAUUUGUUUGAAUGUUUAAAAUACUCUCAGUAGAAGUGAAGUAUACUUUGGUGAAUAUGUGCAGUGCUUACUUGAAGAGGCAAACCAGAGUUUCUAUACAGAGGCUAAGCUACAAGUCCAGUGUAGCUCAGCUGAAGUGGAUGGGGGAAAAAAUGUGAAAUUAUCCAGCUGGAUUCUUUCUAAAGAGCAGUACUGAACCUUACUGUCUCUAACAGCCAGCACUUAAUGAAUGCAACAAUUUACCGGUCAUCCACCAGCUCUCUGUUGUCAGAUCUCUCUUGUUAGUCUUAAAUUAGUCCUCUGUGUUCUUUGGUUUAGAAAACUAGAAACAAAAAAAAAUGUCCAUAAAAAAGUAUACGCCUGAACUGAAAUGCUGAUUUUAAUGUAGGACUUUUUUUUUGUCCAAAGUUUUCAUGUUCAGUAACCUCAUCUGCAGCAAUACAUGACUUUACUUAAGAGGAGGAACUGCAGCUGUUACCCUCAAUUAAGCGCUGUGCUGUCUGAUACUAGGCUGCGUGUAGCACAUUUACUGUUUAAUAGUACCCCAUUUUAUUUAACCUGAACCAUCCCUUAAAGCUUAGUACCAUUGAAGAAGAAUGAGACAGGCAGAUGGUCACGUGUAAAAGGUGGAAACAGUCGGCUUUUAGCUUUUUUGCUCACUAAAUGACUCCUGAGUUUGUACUCCGUCAGCUGCUGGAUGAUGAUUAUCAUCCAUGGAGGAUGGACAGCUUUUAGGGGCCUCCAGUUAGCUGGCAGAUAUUAGUAAAAGGAAAAUCACGUCAUUGUUUUGAUCUUACUUCUAACUGGUUAUAUGAAAAUGGAGCUAGGACAGGACGGUAAUGUCAGGAUUGGACUCCUUUGAGGAUUUCUGUUCAUAAAGAUGAAUCAAAAGCUAGAUUGUCGUACGAUGAUCUGGAUUUAUUUUUCAGCUAAUGCAUCCCACUUGUCUUGCUCUCAACAUGUACUGAUUUCAGCUUUUAAACUAGAGUGGUUAAAACUACAAAUGCUUCCUACAAAAAUCUUCUCCCCCUCUGUCUACAUCCAUGUGCAGAUUGCUCUUUGUGGAGAUUAUGAUGUUCAGAAGAUUAAAAGUUGAAAUACUGUAAAGUCGCAGUGUUCAGGGUGGACCAGAGCAGAAAAUAACUCUUAAGCUUCUUAUACAGUGCUCUUAUAGAUCCACAUGAACCCUGAUUGAAGCUGACUAUUAUUUCAUAUGCACCACAUUCCAGAGGAGAAACAUUUUAAUCUGUGCAUGGAAGGAGAAAGUCAGUGGAUGGGGUCUUUAGAAAUAAGAUCAGCAGCUUCUUUGAAAACUGCAAACAACCAAGAAUAAGUUGGAAGCUGCUGAACAAACCUGAAGUGUUUCAUUAUAACUCUCAUUGUUUCUGUCCAGCUGCAUUGUGGGUAUCAGCCCAUACAGACCUCCCUCUUCCAUCCAAUGUGUAAUAAUCUUAAUGUUGAUGAUAUCAGCUCUACAUGUUUGUGGAUUUUGUUUUUUUGUGUCUUCAGGUUCGUGCGCACCGUCCUGCCUUUCUCUCAGGAGUUCCAGAGGGACAAACCACCCAACGCUCAGCCCCAGUACCUGUACGGGUCAAAGGUCAGAUCCAGCUCCUCUUUGUCAUCUUGAGUCAUAAAAACAGCCUGGUCCUCUAACUUUUAUCUUUGGUCUAUAUGUACAAUAUACUUCUAUUAAUUUAUUUUUUUCUCUGACUGGUCUGUAUGAUCUCUCAUGAGUCCACGUAAGAAGAACUUUAUUUAUCCCCAAGGAAAAAUUCAAUCGUUGCAACUAUCAUUAAACAGAAAUUUUAGCCAAAAAACAUGUGAAAAAUAGUUGGAGUCAAACAUGUUUGAAAUAUUUCAUCUGCAGAUUUCAAGUAUAAAAAUCUUCUGUGUGGGAGAUGGUCCAACUUGGUGCUGAAGUAUUGGAAACAUUUAAGCAUUUUUGCAUGAAAAAAAAAAACAUUUAUAUGGCAUAAGCACAUUUAAGAGAUGAAACUAUGUGUAUAAGUUGGUGUUAAAGGGUUGCACGUAUCACCCAAAACUUUAAAACACAGUACGGCUUUACUGUUUCCAGCGAAAGCUUCAGUUUUUCUCGAAUUUGGUUUCUGAGUCCUGAUCGCAUUGCCAAGCUGUUUGUUCUACUUUGGCCUUUUGCUGUGUGUCAUUCCCUUCACAAUGCCUCUGUCCACCUGAAAAAAGACAUCUUAGAACAGAUGGAUUCACAUUUUUCAAGAGCGUAAAAAAGAAAGCUGACUUAAAUUAGGUUGUUUGUAGAUCAUGGUAAGUUUGUAUAUUUUAAAGGUGCAUACUGCAAGCUUCUGUAUAAGUGGAUGUUCAUUAGACAUUGAUGCAGUUAUUGAAAUUUAAUUCCUUUAUUGGUUAAAACCCAUAAAGUGCUGGUAUCAUUCCUGUUUUCUCCUCCUAAACACAAACAGGACAGGGCCCCAGAGCCGUUAGAGAGAAGAAAAAAAUCCGUUUUUAUCUGGUAAAUCGGCUUUAUCAGGCUAAAACUGUAUCACACUGAGAGCACAAAUUAUUAAAUCGAGAAUUGAUUUUUUCCUCUGUGUCACCCCCCCUGAGCUCGGUAGGAUUUCAUUAGUGGAUAAUAGUCCUUGGUGGCAUUUCUGUCCGUGCAAAACAAUGCUGUGAUGACCUUAAUCCAGAUGAUUCAUACUGGCUCGCUGCCUGACAGCUUAGCGAGCGUUCUCAGCUCAUGGUCCUGGGUAAUUAUGUGGCUGCCUCUCAGCGUGGAGAGGAGGGGGCGCUGUAUGUUGGCGGCGUGUUUGGAGCUGUCAGUGCUGCUGCGUCUGUGUGUGUAGAACUGUCCUGACCCGGACAUGUCUUGGUGGUUUGAGUUGGUAAUGAAAUUGCAGCCGCCUGCACCCUGUCCUGGGAAGGGGCAGAUGUUGUGUAGACACCCCCACAUCAGGAUACCAGCGAUGACCAGCAGUAAGAUGCAGCAGGUCAACCACACGCUCACCGCAAACUCCCAGCCGGCUCUGUCAUGACUCUCACUGCUCUCACUCAGAGUGUUGAAUGCCUGGCACUGGUCCUGCACUGGAUUGGCCGCCUGACAUGUCACACAAAGAAAGUAGGCGGUCUGAGGGAGGAGGUUGGCCACAUGUGUGCUGGUCUGGCUGACAGGGAUUCGAUCCUCAUGCAUGAAGCUCUUGCGUUUAAAACUCAUUACAAGGCUGUUCCAGUUGGGGUGGUACAUGACGCUGUAGAAGGUGUCCAAGCAGGUGGGCGAUGGCGGCCAGUUCACUUUGGCUGUAGUGGAGGAGAUGUUAUAGACCGUGAUUCCCAUGAUGCUCUGUGGUCUGUCUGCAUCCAAAACCAAGAUCAGAGUGAGGUAUUUCCUCAGUUAUUUCAGACCAGCAGUAUUGAACCAAACUGAAAAAGAGAGAGAGAAGAAAGACUUGCAGUGAAACAUUCGAAAAAAUCGAACAUUUUGUUUGUAAAUCUGCAUGUACAAAAACAUAACAGACUAUCUGAUGUUGUAAAAACCCUUAACCAUGAUUACAGACAGCUUUGUUUGAAGCACUUUUUCUUUUACAUUUGCAAAAAUUUUGAUAAAAAAAGAGAUACAACUUACUUCUAAAAUUGAGUUAAUGUCAGACCCCAAAUCUUCUGAUAAGAUGAUAAGAAGAGCUGCAACACACACACAAAAAAAAUGCAAAGCAUUGUACAAAGGAUUAUGUGAAGGAGUACCAUGAUGGGUUGGAGGUGAGUGGUGCACAGAUGUGAAGUAAAUAACAUAAAACACAAUCCCAUCUGAAGCUAAUCUGUGUUGUGGAGUCACCUGGGUGAGAACAGGUGGUGGUCUAAAGACCAUAAGCACUUUAAACCCCACCUUUAAGGCUCAAACAAUGAGGCCAGUUGAAUUAACUUUUUUUUUUUUAUGUAAGUGUGUUUCAUUUGCUUAUGCAAUACCAAAAUUAGAACAUGAAUUUGAGACUUUUAAAACAAUGACUCAAUCAAUCAUCUGUGAGUUCACUUACUGCCACAUCACAGAAAAGGUUUCAUCAUGACACUUCAUAAAGAAAACUGUUCUAGACUACACUCUGUCAUUUAUCUAAACUCUUUAUUUGUAAUUUUCAGUUAACAUAUAAAACAAUCAUAAUCUCUGUAUUACAAAUGCUCCUUCAUUUUGUAUGAAUACAGUCAUGUUAACCUGCACAGUCUAGCAGUUUUUAUGAGUCUUUAGCAGUUAAAUUGAACUGGUCAUCAAACAUCAAACCUUAAAAGUGUCAUAAUUAUGUGAUGAAAGAAAAUAAGUAAAGCAAGGAAAAUGAGUGAUUAGAGCUUGAGCAGAGUUGGUGUCACUGUGAUCCAUAUUUCAGCUGUAAUCUUGUGCUACGAUUUUCUUUGUAAAAAUGACAUAUAAAUCAGACUUUGAUUAAACAAAUCAUGGGGAUGGUUGUUUUUGCUAAUAAGACUUAGUAGUAAAUAUACUCAAUCAUGUUUAAAAUGAUCCAAGUCUGUGUGGAAAUGAUGAAAUGAGUCAUGGUCAUGGAAAAAAAAAAGAAAAAGAAGAAAGAGAAGACUCACCAGCAUCUGUUGAAUUUGUUGGUUUGUCCUGAUUUUGGUUUAGAAAGACAGUCCUCAGGUCCUGCUACUUAGUGUGAAGGAAUAAAGGCUAAAAUGACUAAGGGCUGCAGGCUCUGCAGAGGACCAGAGAUCUCUCUGACCUCCUCUCUGCUGCUGCCACAUAAGAGAGUGAUGCUGGAUUAAAGUAGCAGCAGCAGCAGCUUCAAAUCUGUGCCAUCAGGGGGGGAGAGGGGGCUAAAAUCUCUUGCAACUGAUGUUAGAAUAAAAACAAUCCAACAUCCUGAUAAAAAGUCGAAUUUUUGACAGAGGGACAUGUUGCUGCUCUGAUUUUGUUCCCAUUUUCUUUCCUUCCGUGUUUUACCACAGACACUGGAGUGAUAUCUACUUGCUCAUUUGAGGCUUUAACUUUUGUUCAUGCUAUGGAUUCUUGUAUUACUACAGGAUAUUGGAGGGGGAGGGGAGAUUUAUUCCAUCUGUUCAGCAACAAAAUCUCUCUGCAUCCAACCUCAUGGUCCCCAGAGGAAGUGUCCUAAUGUUUCCCUUCAUUAUAACUUUCAUCGUAUAUCCUCUUGUUCCACCUGUGUCUGAUAUAGUUAUACACCGGCUGAGUAGCAGUCCACGUAAAGACACACUUGAAUUUUUAUGAGCAUUCAUCCCUCCUCCUUUGAGCAGCAUUUUUAAACAUCUUCAGUGACUCUCGAUUUCUUUUUGUUAGAUUGUCCCGUCUUGAACGAUGCAAAUACUUUAUUUUAAUGGGUACUGUAGCUCCAGGGGGCUCCAACAUUUCCAUGUAGAAAGCGGUGAUGGGCCCAUGAAAGUGGAUUUGUUGUUUACUCCAGCAAAGAUAUGCAGACCUUUAUGUCACUGCCAAAAUGACUACAUGAGCUCAGUCCUUCAGUAAAUAGUGCUUUUGAUAGAAUAACUGAUUCACAUUCAUCUUUCAAGUAUUCCUCCUCAAUGUCUCAUGAGCGAUGUUUGAAGAAACAUUUUAGUCUUCUUCAAGUGUUAAAAUACCUUAUAUAGGGUACUAUCAUGCCGUUUUUUUCAACAUCACCUGUCUUUCCUUUAAAUCCAGACCCUGAACUUGGCGUACAGCAGCAUAUUUGGCUCCUACCGGAACUUUGUGGGUCCCCCACACAUCAAGGUCAUGUGCAGACUUCUGGGCUACCAGGGCAUUGCUGUGGUCAUGGAGGAGCUGCUGAAGGUCGUCAAGAGCCUGGUGAGAAAACACAAACCCCAAAACCAGGCAGUUUGAUGAGGUUUCUAUGUAUUUCUGGUUUUGAUAGGUCCCUCCUCACUGACUAUAUCUGCGCACCUUUUCUUGUACAGCUUCAGGGAACCAUCAUGCAGUACGUGAAGACCCUGAUGGAGGUGAUGCCUAAAAUCUGCAGACUCCCUCGUCAUGAGUAUGGCUCACCAGGUAACCAUGAGCUCGAUCUGUGGACCAAACUAAAACCAGCCUGUGUUGACCCAAAGAUAAAAUCAUCAUAACAUGGCCUCAUUGAAAUAUAACAAAAAACAGAAAGUAUGUGUUUCUGUAUAUGUUUUAACUUCCCGAAGCAAUGGUCAGACAUUAAUUUCAGUAUCAAAUUAUCUUUUCAUAACCUGUCAUUUAUGUUGAAAUGAUAAAAAAGGUAAAUGCCUUAAGGCACCAAGCCUCUGACAUCUACACCAAAGCUCAUACAGUUCGUAUGAUACCUAAAGGAAUAUUGCCUUCACUAAGAACCAAAUACUCUGAAAACUGAAGAGUUCAUCAUCACAAAAUUUUGUGUUUGCUGUGAGUCAGGAGGAAACUUUGCUGUUUGAAUAACCAAACUUUAACUGCUUACAAUGAGCGUUUUUAAAACUCAAGUUCAAGCUAGAGACUGUAAGGGACAUUAGUGUGAUUGUUAUUCAAAUCAACAUCUGUUCAAGCAAAUAAGAUGUCAAUAAAUAUCCAUGAGAAAGAACAACAUAUAAAAAGAAGGAUGCAUGUUUUGCAGAAGGGUGUAAAGAUCGAAUACAAACAGCCAUGAUGUUUAGAUCAUGUCGGCUGUAUGACUCAUGUCUGUAUUUGCUAUGUUCAGUUAAAUGCAAUUGUAAAAGUUUGACUGAUUUAAAAAAAAAAGGUGUUAUAAGAAGAAGUAUUGACUGUGUGUUGAUUUCUCAGGUAUCCUGGAGUUCUUCCACCACCAGCUGAAGGACAUCGUGGAGUACGCUGAACUGAAGACGGUUUGCUUCCAGAAUCUGAGAGAAGUGGGCAACGCCAUGCUGUUCUGUCUGCUGAGCGAGCAGAGUCUGGUACAGAUCUCAGUCCAAAAAAAUGAAUCAUUUGUGGAGUGAUUCAAAUUUUACUCUCACACCUUAUCAGACAUCAUUUACUGACAUGUCAGUGUUCUGCUGUCUCCCUGCUUCAGUCACAGGAGGAGGUCUGUGAUUUACUCCAUGCGGCUCCUUUCCAGAAUAUUCUGCCGAGAGUCCACGUCAAAGGUAAGUGUUAAAAAAGGAGAGGGGUCUUAUUGUUGUUUUGAGUUUAGGGGUCAGUCUGCUGUUAAUGAACUACUCACAAUCAGCUCAACUAAUUUAGAGUGAAAGAUCCAAGCACUCAGUCUCACGUAACAUCAGAGCUGCUGCAGGUCUAUUCUCACUACUCCAAAUUUAGGGAAAAAAAAUGAAAAUAAUCUUAAAAAUAGUAAAAAGAUCAAUCUUUAAAAAAAAAUUGAAUUAUCAUUAUGAUAUUAAAUUCAUUUAUAUCUUUUGUAUCAAUUUAUUGAUCAUUAUGCUUUCCUGUCUGCGUGCAGAGGGGGAACGCCUCGAUGCCAAGAUGAAGCGUUUGGAGGCCAAAUACACCGCACUGCACAUGGUUCCCUUGAUAGAGCGCCUCGGCACCCCACAGGUACGGCCAGGCUGAGAGUUUCUGCAUCAGGAAACUUUCAUAAUCUUCCUCCCUGCAGGAUCAUUUUUGUGGAAAUAUUGUAGAAGUAAAAACAUAAGGUUUUUUCUUUCAGCAAAUCGCCAUUGCUCGUGAGGGCGACCUGCUGACCAAAGAGAGGCUGUGCUGCGGUCUGUCCAUGUUCGAGGUCAUCCUCACCCGCGUGCGAGGCUUCCUGGAUGACCCCAUCUGGCGUGGCCCACUGCCCAGCAAUGGCGUGAUGCACGUGGACGAGUGUGUGGAGUUCCACCGUCUCUGGAGUGCCAUGCAGUUUGUCUACUGCAUCCCUGUGGGAGCUCAUGAGUUCACAGUGGAGUGAGUGCCAGUGAUCCACUCAUCCUCUCACAGCGUCUGUGUGAUUUAAAGCGCUGCAUCAUAACUCACACGCCACGUUCCUGUGUUUCAGGCAGUGCUUCGGGGACGGGCUGCAUUGGGCCGGAUGCAUGAUCAUCGCUCUCCUGGGACAACACAGACGCUUUGACAUCCUUGACUUCAGCUACCAUCUCCUCAAGGUGCAGAAACAUGACGGCAAGGAUGAGGUCAUCAAGAGUGUGGUGAGUUGACAAACAUCCUCACUUUAAAUGCGAUGUCUCUUUGCUUCGUUUUACACUUGAACUUUACUCUAAAAGGUGUUUUUAAAGAAUAAGCUCAAGGCGUGUCCCAAUACAACUUUUUUACUUCCGAUACGAUACCGAUAUUGUAGCCUUCAAUAUUGGCUGAUACGGAUAUUGGCACAAACUUGUGCAUGACAAGUUUUGCACUCAGCUGCAAUGUCUUUUUCAGACUUGAAUGAAAAAUACUUCAACACAGCCGACAUCACUCCUACUCCUUGCUACUUUGAUAGUACCUUAUUAGUACACACUGUUGUUGUGAUCAUGUGGGCUCUGCAUGCUGUAUCCGGGUGCUGCUAGAUAGAGUGGAGUCUGGAAUGGACUGCUUGUAUCGGAGUGCUGAAAUCUGAGAUUUUAGAUGCAGGCUGAUAUAAUCUGAUAUUUGUUUUUUGCUGAUAUCAAUAUCGUAUCGGGACAGCCCUAAUAAGUACUGCAUAAAUUGAUUUAACAGAUGAAUUAUAAGUUCAGUACUUGAUAGCUGAGGCUAACUUUAUCAACCUCUCUUAAUUUUCAAGACACAUUCUAUAUACACUGACAAAAAUGAUCGUAAAUGUGAGUGGCUCAUCACAAGCACCAAGGAAAAGCUGAAAUGCAGCUUUUAUAAGUACAAGUAGAGUUGGAUUCAGUUUCACUGGAGCUACAUUCAAGUCCAGCACUCAUCAUUCUCAGGCCUGUGGCCAAAACUGCACAGCCAAAGAACCUGCACAUGUGAAGUCAGUUGCCUCCCUCUGUGGGGAAUCAGUGUCAGUGAGCCUUCUAGUAAACAUCACACAGCCCAUUCAUUCAAAAUCUUUGUAUGAAAAAGGAAAUAUUUGACAAUUACAUCUUUUUUUGAAGCAGAUUUCACAGACUGCUGUGAAAUGAACUUGGAGAGAAGCCGCUGCAAACCACAACUGCUUCCCCUCUUGAAUGACAAAACAAUGUUUUCUUUUAUAGAUAUCAAAAUUACUGUUUUCUGACACAUUAAAGAUCUGAACGUGUAUCAUUUGGUCCUCUACAAACUAGAACUCGCACAGACUUUUUCUCCCUAGAAAACCUUGAUGGGCUUUUAUAAAUCUUAAAACAGAAAUCCACUUUCUGUCUGUAGAUGUUGAUUGAUUAUUAUGAUGGACUGAGGAAAUAACAUGUUAUUUUUCUUCUCUAGCAUCUCACAAAAAUAUUGGCUGUACUUGAAUCGUGCAUUUUUUUUAAGGCAAGGGUUAAGAUGUUUCAUGACUUUGGUGUGCAUCUUGUGCAGUAUGUCUACUGAAUGAGUUUGAUUCCACCCUCAUGGCCUCGUGUCCAUUUGACAUUUUUUUCUUUCUGCUAAAUACCUGAAACUUUGUCAUGGCAAAAGUUCAUCAAUCAAAAGAGAAAAAUUAAGGCCUUAUUUUGUCCUGUUAAACAUGUUGCUCGCUUAAGACAACAAAUUUAAUCCCACACCUCAAGUUGCCACUACUUUUGUAAACACUGCUCCUUAAAAGAUAGACAUUCAAGAUUUUUCUUCAGUCAAAAGUUCUCAAUUUUUGUAUCCUUUCCUCACUUAGCCUCUGAAGAAGAUGGUCGACAGAAUCCGUAAAUUCCAGGUCCUCAACAACGAGAUCUUUGCCAUCCUGAACAAGUACCUGAAGUCUGGAGACGGAGAGAACAUGCCGGUCGAACAUGUCCGAUGCUUCCAGCCUCCCAUACACCAGUCGCUCGCCAGCAGCUGA